AUGGCGGCGAUGCCGGCGGUGCUGCUGCUGCUGACCGCGGCGACGAUGCUCUCCCCCGCCGACGCCCGAAUGCCCGGCGUGUACGGCGGCGGCGGCUGGCAGAGCGCGCACGCCACGUUCUACGGCGGCAGCGACGCCUCGGGCACCAUGGGCGGCGCGUGCGGGUACGGCAACCUGUACAGCCAGGGGUACGGCGUGAACAACGCGGCGCUGAGCACGGCGCUGUUCAACGAGGGGCUGAGCUGCGGCGCGUGCUUCGAGAUCAAGUGCGAGAACCAGCCCGGGUGGCGGUGGUGCCGCCCCGGGAGCCCCUCCAUCCUGGUGACGGCCACCAACUUCUGCCCGCCCAACUACGCGCUCCCCUCCGACGACGGCGGCUGGUGCAACCCGCCACGCCCGCACUUCGACCUCGCCAUGCCCAUGUUCCUCCACAUCGCCGAGUACCGCGCCGGCAUCGUCCCCGUCUCCUACCGCCGGGUGCCAUGCCGGAAGUCCGGCGGCGUGCGGUUCACCAUCAACGGCUUCCGGUACUUCAACCUGGUGCUGAUCACCAACGUGGCCGGCGCGGGGGACAUCGUGCGCGCGAGCGUGAAGGCGUCCAGCACCGGGUGGCUGCCCAUGUCCCGGAACUGGGGCCAGAACUGGCAGUCCAAUGCCAUCCUCGUCGGCCAGGCGCUCUCCUUCCGCGUCACCGGCAGCGACCGCCGCACCUCCACCUCCUGGAACGCCGCCCCGCGCAACUGGCAGUUCGGCCAGACCUUCGAGGCAAGAACUUCAGGGUCUGAUGAGGUCAUAUCAAAUUCGACCGCUGAGUGA